CUUUGCCUGUGCACAUCAAGCUAAAGGCCGAGCGAGUUCAGAGGAGACCGACGAGAACCUGAGUCCCUGGCCCGCAGUCCUUUGACUUCGACGUCCUCUCUGGAAAAAAAAAAAAAAAGAUUUCUGAGCAGGAAGUCAAGCGUGGCCACUUUUCUGAGGUGCUGGAGGAACCCUAGUCAGUGUGCGAGCGAGCGGCAAGUGUGGCGGUCGGCGCCUGAGCGAUCGAGGCUGAGGCUGCCAUCAAAAACAAUGAGUUUAAAACCAUUCACCUACCCGUUUCCAGAGACAAGGUUCCUUCAUGCAGGAUCCAACGUGUAUAAGUUCAAAAUCAGAUAUGGCAACAGUAUCAGCGGAGAAGAAAGAGAGGAUAAGGGAGUCAUCAUCCAGGAGCUGGAGGAUUCUAUCCGUGCAGUCUUGGCAAACAUGGACAGCCUGCAGCCCUUUGUUACAGAACACUUCAUUGUAUUUCCCUAUAAAAGCAAGUGGGAGAGAGUUUCCCACCUGAAGUUUAAACAUGGAGAAAGCACCCUGACCCCCUACCCAUUUGUUUUUACUUUGUAUAUAGAGAUGAAAUGGUUUGCUGAAGACCUGCCUUGCGGAAAACCAGCAGAUGGUGUUCCUCUUGAGUUGGUCCUAGCUGAGAAGGAAGCAGAAGAAGCCACAAUGAGGAAAUGGAAACGGAAACUCCUGGAGGAGCCCAGCUCCCCUAGCAGGCCGGGGCCACACAGGGCCAAGAUGGAGACUUCUAGUGAAGCUUCCAGCAAUAAGAAGCCUCUGAAGGAGAGCAAGAGGAGCAGGGACGAAGAAGCCCAGCAGGAAUAUCAGGAUACCCCAGCUUCUAAUGCCAUUGCUGUCAAGGAACAGGAUGCUACCUUGGGGCAUGGCCUGCAAGGGUUAGUUGUCCCUCCACUGCAACAUAGCAGUCCACCACCCCUGAAAGAGCCAGGAGUCAGAGGCUUCUUGGGGUUUCUAAGUGCUCUCUUCCCAUUCCGGUACUUCUUCAAGAAGAGCGGUCAGUGAGCUUUCCAGGACCACAGCACGCGUGGGGCAGGGGUCAGCAUAGAAGAGAUGUCCUCCUGCAGUAACUCCCGGAGCUACCACACCUCUCUUGCAUUUACUUUGAGACAAGUGUUAUUGUAUACAGCCCAGGCUGGCUUCAGUCUGUGCCUCUGCUCCCAGUGCACUCCCAUGGGCCAUCCUUUUCUCCUGACCCCGGUCACGGUCACGGGGACAAGGGUGCCACACUGGGUCCUCACAUGAGUUUAUCCUGUUGUUUGCCUUUGGUGUUUCCUAUCCAAACCACUAAGCUCGAGGCUAGCGAGAUGGUAAUUGAAUGCACACUGAUAUUGCAGAGGGCCUGAGUUUGGUUCUCAGUGCCCAUAGCAAGCAACCUGUAACUCCAGCUCUAUCAGGAUGGCCUGGCGCUUUCUGGCCUCUGCAGAAACUUACGCCCCGCACACCCUGCACCCUCAUAAUCGGAAGAACAAAACAAAACAAUACUGAGAAGGGCCAGAAAAGCGUCUUGAUGAUAAAGCAUCUGCAGCCAGACCUGACAGCCUGAGUUCAGCCUCCAUGUAUGUGCACCAUGGCAUAUGCCCCACACAGAAUAAAAUGUACUUUUAUUAAAAACUUCAAAAUAAAUAAGUAAAUAAAACACUAU